AUAAAUAAUAAUUAAUAAUAAUAAUAAAUAAUUAAUAUAAAAUCUAAUAUAUAAAUUAGUAAAAUCUCGACAGAAAUGUAAUACAACAUUGAAAAUUACUUAUUCUAAUGUUUAGCAGAACAUUUUGUGUACGAUUAUUAUACCUUCGUGUACAGUAAUGUGUGACGUAUACAUAUAUUUUCAUAUUAUAUAUGCGCAAGAAAAACCGCAAAAUUAUAGAGCUUUGUAAAAAGGGAAACGUAAAAUUUACUAAUUUAUGCAAAAAUAUUUGUAACCAUACGGUAAAAAAUAAUUUUAAUGUUUAAAUUAUUGCAGCACAAAAAAUUGAUUUUUUAAAUAAUGCAGCACACUUAUUUAAGAAUGUAUAUGUUAUACUUUCAAUUUUUAAUACUCUUAAUUGGCUCAUGUUAUUAACAAUUGUUUUUCUUUAAUUAAUUUGCACAUGGCAAGCCUGAUUAAUAGUCACUUCAUUAGAUCUAUUUAAUUUAUUAAAACUACAUUACGUUUAUGAAAGAGCAAUUAAUAGAAUGUCAUAGCGCAAAAUUACAAAAGUAAUGCAUCAUUCUUUCAAAAAGAAUUCAAGAAUUUAGUAUUGCAAAGAACUUCAAUGUAAUUAGUAGUUAAAUUGGCUCUCGAAACAUCAAAUAAUUAGAAGAUAAGAGACAAAAAUGGAGGAAAUCCAUGUGCCAGUACACUCGCCGUCUAUAGAACAGACCUUACGUCCAAUAUCAUAUACGUCUUGGCUCAUGGGCGUCGGCAUUGCACGUCCGCGAAAGUGUCCCAAAGUUGUAACGAUAAUUAUACGUAUUGUUUAUUUGGUCAUGUGUUCAGUUAGCAUGGUGUACAACGUGAUUGAACACCUCAAUUUCGUCAGAGUCCAUUUUUACAAUCACAUGUUCUCGAUCACAUAUUUAAUAGACAAGGUGAUGUGCUACGUGUCAGCGUAUUACUAUAUUUAUCACGGAAUCAGGCAAUAUGACAAGUGGCCAAAGCUGAUGGACAAAAUAAAGGAGCUCGAUGAAAAAAUCAGGAAAGAAACAUACAUUAGAGACCAGCCAGUAAAGAAGGCAGAAGUAAUAGCGAUUCUCGUGACUUUCGCUUGCUGUCCAUUUUUGCUGAUCAUACACAUCUUGUGUUGCUUUAUAUAUUCACAGAAUAUUUCAGCAUCUAAGUCGCUGUUUUUUUACGUAUUCGCCCAGUCAUUGAUCAACAGUUUUGUCUUCGAUAUUUUUGUUUACGUGCUAUAUUAUAGAUUUCAAGCGAUAAAUAAAUUAAUUGGCCGAUUGGAUAAGCCAUCCACUGCUCCAUGGAUUGCACUGAAGAUUAAACGCAUCAGAGAAUUACAUACCGACGUUUGUGAUCUCGUCUUCAUGGUAAACGAUAUUUACGGCCUUUAUCUCCUUCUCUGCGCGGCGAACUGUUUCACUGGGGUCGUAACUUCAUUAUUCAGAAUCUAUGUAGUUGUGAAAGUAUACAAUAACCAUUAUUAUUAUAUACUAAUGAAUAUUAUAGUUUGGAUUUUAUAUACCAUGCAAUUUGGUCUUAUGUGCUGGACUUGUACACUCACACGCCAAGAAUCCGACAAGACUGGAAUAAUCAUGUGCGUAGUUGCACUGAAAUGCAAACUAAUGAAUUAUGACAGACUGCAUGAGACAGGGAUUCAAUCGGGUCUAGAAAUGCAACUGGAAGACUUGGACAGCAAGCAAAAAUUUAAUUGGAGUCGUAAUCUAAGUUACGUCAUUAUAGAAAAUCUCUUGCGUAGAAACUUAGAUCGAGACUAUGUUAGAAGCGAAAUCAACGACUUUUCGAUUCAAUUGCAACAUCGUCGAAUAGCAUUUACGGCCUGCAAUUUCUUCGAAAUAAGCAAUGCUGUGUUCUGUGGUGUGAGUAUAAAAUUUAUUUACUUUUUUACAACUUUUAUAAAAUUAGCAUUUUUUAAAUUACAAUGUAUUAUAAAUAAUAUCUCUUGGAGCAAUUAAAUGAAGUAAUUUUACUUUUUAGUUCAUCGGAAUGAUCAUUACUUAUUUAAUAAUCUCCAUUCAAUUUUCUCAGAGUGAUACGGAUAUCAUGCAUUCAAGAUACGUUCAUUAGUGUGUUGUAUGUUAUUUAUAUAUUAUAUAUAGUUCAAAAACAGAGUUUUGAAAUUUUUGUCCAUGAGAUUUGACAAAAUUGUAACUAGAGUAGAAACGAGUAUAAAAUACCUGAAUUACAUUAUUAUAGAUCUUUUACGCAUAAAUCUAGAUCGAGAAUGCGUCAGAAACAAGGUCAAUAAUUUUUCGAGUCAAUUUCAACAUCUUUGAGUAGCUUGCAAUGUCUUCAAAGUGAACAAUGUUCUGUUUUACGGUGUAAGUAAAUUUAAAAUUUUAAAACAAAAUUUAUGUAAUUUAUUGCUAUUUAAAUAAAACUAGUUUUUGAAUUGUAAUGUAAACAAUACUCUUGAAUUAAAUAAAACAAAUCAAUUUUUUAGUUUAUCAGGGUUAAUUAUCAUCACUUCUUUAAUAAUAUCUAUUCAAUUCUUUGAGCGAUUUUGAAUAUUAUGCAUUCUAAUUAGGAUACAUUUAUUGAUUUGUUACAUGUCGUAGGCAUAUUAUGCAUAAUUUAGAUAUAAUUUAAAGACAGAUGUUAUUGGACUUUUGCUGAGAUUUGUACACUAUGAUAUAUGUAAAUUCUCAAUAUUAAUAACAGUUACUUAAAAAAUAAUUAAUAUAAAAUGUAAUGUAUACAAAAUUAGUAAAAUCUGGACAGAAAUGUAAUACAACAUUUAUUGAAAAUUAUUUAUUUUAAUGUUUAUUAUAAAAACAUUUCAAUGUUUAUUAUUAUUUAGUUUUUGCAUUAUAUUUGAAUUGCGAAAUGACAAACAGUUUUCUUAAUUUGAUAGUUAAAAGUUUGCUAAUAAAAAAAAUAAUUUUUUUGAAAUCUAUUAAGUAUUGUCAAGUAUUGAAACGCGUUUAUAUUAUAUUUUUAAUUACUUUAAAACAAAAAGAAUAAAAAAGCAAAUAACAUGAAAUGUGACAAUCGCGAAUUAAUUGAAAAGUAUUAAUAAUUUAACAAGUAAGAAUUUAAUAAAGUUGUAAUUCAGAUGUUAUGUCUUCUUAUUUAAAUUAUUUUUGAUAUGUCUUCAGAAGAUUUUAUUUAGAGAAGCGUUUUAUUGCAUACUAUGAGACAAAAACUCUUCUGAAUAAAAUAUUGAAAUCUAAAAUUUCUUUAAUGUAAAAUGACAUUAUUAAUAGGCACAA